UUUGAAUAAAUAUCUUUAAUAAGUGAUCUUCUCGAACAUCCGAAAUCUUUGCAGUGCCACGAUUACAUCCGGGUUACUGUAGUGACCUUGGGUGAGUGUUCAUCAUGGCGGCUUUGGUCAGAUUGAGUUCUGUGUGCCGCAGAGGAGUUAAACCUCUGUUCUAUCAAAGCACAUUGCUGGUCAGGCCGCUGGCAGUACCACACAAACACCAGGAGCAGCCGUACCUGCUGACAGCGAGGAUUCAUUCAUCACAGGCUCUAUAUGUGAGCUCCAGUGCAAAAGCUGCUUCCCUGCACUGGACGGCAGAGCGAGUGCUGAGCAUCCUGCUGCUGGCCAUGGGCCCUGUAGCAUAUUUCAGUCCUGGUCCUGUCAUUGACUACUCUCUGGCUGCUGCCCUGACCCUUCACGGACACUGGGGUCUUGGGCAGGUGGUGACAGACUACGUUCACGGGGACACAAAGAUCAAGCUUGCCAAUGUGGGGCUCUUCCUCCUGUCUACAAUCACCUUUACUGGUCUUUGCUACUUCAACUACAACGACGUGGGCAUAUGCAAAGCUGUCGCCCUGCUGUGGAGCAAGUGAACAUGACUAUGGACUGGGAGGCUCAGGAAGACCUAAAACACUGCUCCUGGCUGAUUGUUUAAAACCAAUUAAAGUGUUCUUUGUAAAUAUAUCAUUGAUCAAUAUGUGUUUGUGUUCAUCGAUUCAGGCUUUGUUUCAGUGAUUGGACUGUUAGCAUCCAUUUUCUCUUCUGAGUGGCUUCUGUUUCUGUUCACUGUGGGCUAAAUUUAAGCUAUAAGGACGUGUUUUUAACAACAGCCAUGACUUUGAUCAAGUCUUACAGAAUACUGCUGUGUGAGCUCUCGUUUAUUCUUUAAUGUUUGCGUCCUUUGUGUGGCUGAUUACAUGUUUUGUUUCAAUGUGGUCAUCCUUUUUUGCUCUAUCAGAAGCAGCAGGGCAGCACUACAGGCCCGAGCGCACACACAGACCCGUCUGAAAAUCAUUUCCAUACUUCACUUAUUGGAGCUGCUGUAGGGGCAGACUGCCUUUGCUUGUAUGAUGGUUUUUUAAAUCCAACAGGAAGUCUGCUCUGCAGCUUUAUUGAAGAAUUAAUAAAGGUGAGGCUGGCUAGAUCUGAAAUUCAACCCAAACAGUGAUGCUAAACCUACGUGUGCGUAUCCAGCUGUCCAAAUGACAUGCAGCAGUUAUUGUGUCCCCAGUAAGGUGUGAAAUUAUCAGCAACAAAAUCCUAUCCUGUUACUGUCUUGAAGGCAUUUUAACCUUCAGGACAAGUAACAGUGACAUUAUUGCCUCUGAAAUCACCAUGUCCUUUGUAUGUGAGUGUCUGUGCUCUGUAAGGAAGAAAUCUGCACAUUUAAAAUAAAAGGCAUUUUCAAAAAUA